AUGGGGAAUCGCGAGGUGGAAGCGCUCCGUGACUGCAGCUCCCAAGUGGCGCGUCAUGGUCACGUGAAUAGCGGUCCUUGGCGUUCUGAGCUCCGGCGGUCGUUGCGGCGAGCGAGUAUCGACACGACAAACACGACAACCACCUCACCUCCGCCAUCGCUCUUAGCAGGCUACGCGUCAUCCCGGGUACACCAGCUGAACUUCUUUGACCUUCUCAACGGAUAUCGCAUUUCCAUAGGUAACCAGCAGUCCAGUGCUGGCGGCGGCGGCCCUCCCGGCGACGACAAGAGCAAGAAGGACAAGAAGGAGAAGCCCAAGUACGAGCCUCCCCCACAGCCCACGACCCGCAUCGGCAGGAAGAAGAAGAAGGCUGCCGGACCGAGCGCCGCCGCGAAGCUACCGACCGUCUACCCGACCGCACGAUGCAAGCUACGAUACCUGCGCAUGCAGCGCAUCCACGACCAUCUGCUGUUGGAGGAGGAGUACGUCGAGAACCAAGAACGUCUCCGGAAAGCACGAGCGGCCAAGGAGGGCAACGCGCCCGCAAACGUCAAUGGAGAGGACCCUGACCGGAACGCCGACGAGAGGUCGCGGGUUGACGAUAUGCGUGGCAGCCCCAUGGGUGUAGGCAACCUGGAGGAGCUCAUCGACGACGAUCACGCCAUCGUCUCCAGCGCCACCGGGCCUGAAUACUACGUCUCCAUCAUGUCCUUCGUCGACAAGGACCUGCUGGAGCCUGGUGCCAGCAUUCUCCUGCAUCACAAGUCUGUGUCCGUCGUUGGUGUGCUCACAGAUGAUGCGGACCCGCUGGUCUCUGUCAUGAAGUUGGACAAGGCGCCCACCGAGUCGUACGCGGAUAUCGGUGGUCUGGAGCAGCAGAUCCAAGAAGUACGAGAGGCUGUUGAGCUUCCCCUGCUGCACCCUGAGCUGUACGAGGAGAUGGGUAUCAAGCCGCCAAAAGGUGUCAUUCUAUAUGGUGCGCCCGGUACUGGCAAGACGCUGCUGGCGAAGGCUGUGGCGAACCAGACCAGUGCCACAUUCCUGCGCAUCGUGGGUUCUGAGCUGAUCCAGAAGUAUCUUGGAGACGGGCCCAGGCUUGUGCGACAGCUGUUCCAGGUUGCUGCCGAGAACGCGCCGUCUAUCGUUUUCAUCGACGAAAUCGAUGCCAUCGGUACGAAACGUUACGAGUCCACAUCAGGUGGUGAGCGCGAAAUUCAGCGAACUAUGCUGGAACUCCUCAACCAGCUUGACGGUUUUGAUGACCGUGGUGAUGUCAAGGUCAUUAUGGCCACCAACAAAAUCGAGACUCUUGACCCCGCUCUGAUCCGACCUGGUCGUAUCGACCGAAAGAUUCUCUUCGAGAACCCCGAUCAAACAACGAAGAAGAAGAUCUUCACUCUCCAUACCUCCAAGAUGUCGCUCAACGUGGAUGUCGAUCUGGACGAAUUCAUCAGUCAGAAGGACGACCUCUCUGGUGCUGACAUCAAGGCCAUCUGUUCCGAAGCUGGUCUGAUGGCUCUCCGUGAGCGAAGGAUGCGAGUGCAGAUGGAGGACUUCCGUGCUGCUAGGGAACGAGUGUUGAAGACCAAGAGCGAGGGUGAGCCAGAGGGCUUGUACUUGUGA